GAGAAGAGGCGAGGUCAGAGAGAGCCUAGGGAGUGAGGACCAAGCAAGCGAAGAGAUCGCUGAAUCGUGAGAAAGCGCGUGCAACAGCAAAGGCAGCGAUUUGGAUUGCAUUUCUGGAACAUUUGUAUCGCUUGAAGCCUAUCUGCUCUCGUCAUUGUGGAUUGAAGCGACGCCAAUUCGAGUACGUCGUCGUGAGCUGAAUCAGGAGGAUUUUUUAGAUUGCAGAUUGAAAGGAAAGAGGUGCAGAGCGACAGGAAGAGGAGGAGUUGGAAGGUUGUAUACUCGCAGGUGACCUACAGGUUUUGUUGCGACAAAAUGGGUACCGGAUUGAUGUGUGUAGCUAAUGACAAGAUCGGAAUUGUGGAGAGAUGGGGUCGGUUCUCCCAUGUGGCGCAACCUGGGCUUCUGUGUUUGAAUCCUUUCUUUGGAGAGUGGAUGGCUGGUCUCCUCUCAGUUCGUGUACAGUCUCUAGAUGUGCGCUGUGAUACGAAGACAAAGGACAACGUGUUUGUGCUAGUCGUUUGCUCCAUUCAGUAUCGUGUGGUGAAGCAAAAUGCUGAUGAUGCUUUCUACGAACUUCAGAAUCCCAAAGAACAAAUUCAAUCCUAUGUGUUCGACGUUGUGCGUGCCUGUGUUCCAAAAAUGAACCUUGAUGAUGUCUUCGAACAGAAAGACGAGGUGGCAAAAAGUGUGUCGGAAGAGCUCGAAAAGGUGAUGAGCAACUAUGGCUACAGUAUUGAGCAGACCCUGAUCGUCGACAUUGAACCUGAUGCAACUGUUCGCCGUGCCAUGAAUGAAAUUAAUGCAGCACAAAGAAUGAGAAUGGCGGCAGUGGAGAAGGCAGAGGCGGAGAAAAUCCUGCAAGUGAAGCGCGCGGAGGCUGAAGCAGAGGCCAAGUAUCUAUCUGGUGUUGGUAUUGCUCGGCAGCGACAGGCUAUCACAAAUGGAUUACGUGACAGCGUCCUCGCCUUCUCUCACAACGUACCGGGUACUUCUGCCAAGGAUGUGAUGGACAUGGUUCUUAUUACCCAGUACUUUGACACAAUGAAGGAGCUUGGCAACAAUUCUAGAAACACCACUGUCUUUAUUCCUCAUGGACCAGGUCACGUUAGUGAUAUAGCCGACCAAAUUCGCAAUGGACUCCUGCAAGGGAACGCUAUUUCCUCAGCCACUUUAGAGGACACACAAUGAGCUUUGUGCAAACAUCAUUCAGUUUAGAAGGCUUUGUUUGUCUCCCUUUGUUUGUUUAGAGGCCGUGCGCUACAAGUGCAAUCUCUCACUGUACAGUCCCAGGAUUAGUCAUGCAACCAAUUUUUACGAUGAACCCUCGACACUGGAACAAAAUUGGGCAGGGGCGACACCAGGAUUUACACCAUCCACGUUUCACGUCUAGAGACGAAGUGUAAUAAGGUGGAAAAGAUAGAAGUUACUGAACACGUAAAUGUAGCCACGGCUUGUCAUCAUUUACAAAUAAAGUUGUAGAUUAUAUCUCCUGAUUUUACC